GGGCAGAGAGAAGGAGUGAAGGAGGUUUACCGAAGUAAUGCAGUUUACAUCUGCUCUACUUUUGCUUCUGCUUCUGCCAAUGGGAGUGCAGCUGGGGUGGGGUUGGCUGGGCCCAGUGGCCAAUGGCAGGACAGGGAGUAGAUUUGAAGGGCUGCAGGGUUGGGUGGAUGCACAGGCACAGAGCUCAGGCAGUGUUUGGUGAAGGAAUAGAAGCUGAAAGGGAGAAACACACACCAGUAAAACAGGACACAGCCUGGGAGGCUGUAGUGAAAGCCAUGGCCACUGUCCGGAACAGAGAUCAUGAAUCCAGAGGCAUCACACAGGGGGGGAAGAUAUCCCAGGAGACAUUUAUAGACAGUUAUGACCCAAGUGUCCUUCGAAGGGUGCAAUACAUGCUCUAUGAAAUCAAGUGGAGCAAUAGCGAAAGGCCCUUGCAGAGCUGUUGCCAUAGCACUCAAACGGAGCAUGCUGAAAUCUACUUCCUGGAAGAUGUCUUUCAGAAGCAAAGAUCUGAUCCUUCUGACCACUGCUCCAUCACCUGGUACAUGUCCUGGAGUCCCUGUGGGGACUGCUGCAAGCAAAUCAGAGAUUUCCUGAAGGCCCAGCCUAAUGUGAAUCUAGUUAUUUAUGUAGCACGGAUCUACUGGCACAAAAGGGAAAUCAAUCGUCAGGGUCUACGGAGCCUGAUGAACAUCGGAGUGUCCAUCCGAGUCAUGGACCUCCCAGUUUAUAGCUACUGUUGGAGAACAUUUGUCGACGGUGAGGACAAGUAUGAAGAUUAUUGGCCCAGGCACUUUGCUCCAUGGAUAAUGCUAUAUUCUCUCGAACUCCAGUCCAUCCUUCAGCAGAACAUUCCCUCUUGCUUAAAGAUUUCAUCAUUUAAGAACCAGGCUCCAGCUUUCAGCCUACGUGUAGGUGAGAAACAGAAAAGAGCACUCGCAUCAGCCAAUCCCUAUUACUGGGAGCAGCAGCCAGCACUGGAGGGCGGGAGAAGCAGUGGCCUGAAGGCAGAGCUGGGCUGGAACCCGGCAGCAGCAGCAGCAGCAUCUGGGGAGCAGGCGCGGGAGCAGCCCAGCCACGCCGAGCUGAGUGGUGACGGGGGGAGCUGCAGGCCCAGAGCUGGGGAGCAGCCGCUUGCUGUGCCCCAAGUGACACCGGAGCCGGGAAUAGAAGCUGAAAGGGAGAAACACACACCAGUAAAACAGGACACAGCCUGGGAGGCUGUAGUGAAAGCCAUGGCCACUGGCUGGAACAGAGAUCAUGUAUCCAGAGGCAUCACACAGGGGUGGAAGAUAAGCCAGGAGGAUUUUGUGGAGAAUUAUGACCCAAGUGUCCUUCCAAGUGUGACUUACCUUCUCUAUGAAAUCAAGUGGAACCAUCGCAGAAGGACCUGGCAAAGAUGGAUCUGUAGUGCUGGCGGUGAGCAUGCUGAAACGUACUUCCUGAAAGAUGUCUAUAGAAAGCUAAGAUCUAAUCCUUUUGUCCACUGCUCCAUCACCUGUUACAUAUCCUGGAGUCCCUGUGGGUACUGCUGCCAGGAGAUCAUGGAUUUUCUAGAGAAAAUGCCUAAUUUGAAUCUAGUCAUUUAUGUAGCACGGCUCUACUGGCACAAAGAGGAAACCAAUCGUGAGGGUCUGUGGAACCUGGAGAAUAUUGGAGUGUCCAUCCAAGUCAUGGAUCUCCCAGAUUAUAACUACUGUUGGACAACAUUUGUUGACGAUGAGGACAAGUAUGAAGAUGAAGAUGAUUAUUGGCCCAGGCACUUUUCUCCAUGGAUAAUGCUAUAUUCUCUCGAACUCCAGUCCAUCCUUCAGAACAUUCCCUCUUGCUUAGAGAUUUCAUCAGAUGAGAACUAUACUCCAGUUUUCAGCCUAUGUGUAGAAGAUGAGGAACAGAAAAGAGCACUCACAUCAGCCAGUCCCUAUUAGCUGCCAGUAUCCUGGCCUGGGCAGCCAACCAGUCUCUGGAAGCCAUGAGUGUCUUGAACCAGGCCAUCAACUGCUAAGCAACAGAAACCAGUUGACAGGAAACAUCACCCACAUUAAAACUCCACAAUUUGGGGAGGGGAAGAGGAUGCAGCCAGAAUGGGUGCAACAGAGUGACUGCUUUGCUAACACAGCGUGUUUUCUCAGUUGGUGGGUUACUCUUGCAUGAGCUGAUAGAACAGUAGCUCUCAAACUUUUAUACUGGUGACCCCUUUCACACAGCAAGCCUCUGAGUGCGACCCCCCUUAUACAUUAAAAACACUUGUUUAUAUAUUUAAUACCAUUAUAAAUGCUGGAGGCAAAGUGAGGUUUGGGGUGGAGAUUGACAGCUCGCAACCCCCCCAUGUAAUAAACUCACGACACCCUGAGGGGUCCCAACCCCCAGUUUGAGAACCCCUGUGACAGAACAUUAGAAUGUUUAAUCAUUUCAGUUUAGCCAUUUCCUUGCAAUUGCUUCAGCUUGUAGCCUUUUGAAAAGUGAAUCACGUUUAAUGCUGUACAGUGACUGGGUCGUGUUAGCACCUGUGACUCAGUGUACGGGUUUAUUCCAUCACAGUUAACACAAGAGUAUCUUGCUUAUUCUGCAGCCACUGCUGUUUACCAAAUGAACAUAAAAUAUAUGCUUUGCUUUGUGUAAGCAGUUCAUAAGGAACUAACUCAUUAUGCAUUUACAUAGAGAGACCUUAGAGAGGAUUUAUUUUCUGAGGUUAUUUCUUUGAAUUAUGUUUCUCUUGUAGCUUUCUAGAUUUUAUUGUGUGUCAUUUGUCAACAUAACAUUUGAAUAAAAUAUCUAUAAGGAA